UUUAACUAUUCCAUUAUGUUUUUAUUUUUAUUUUCCCCAAUUUAAACUUAUUUAUUUCCUUCCUCCUUUUCCAGAACCCUAAAAUUUUACAUUUCUCAGAAGUAUUCCUGAAAUCACACCCCCAAACAAUUAGUGUUUCUAAUUCCUGGUAAUUAUCAGGACUUGUUUCCCAGUUUUUUUUUUACUGGAUUUCAGUUCCUGCUGUUCUAAGCUCUGUUCUUUCUCUACAAUGGUGAAUAGAAGCUUCAGAUUUUCUGGAAUCACAGUUCUGUGUUCUUGAGCUUUCUUCUUUCAGCAGCCAAGCUAGGGUUUUGGGUCCUAGGGUCUUCAAUUUUCAGCUCAAAUUGUUGCUCUGUACUACUUUUAUUGCAGAAAACAAAUUAUGGGUAUUUCUGGGUUCUGAUUUUGCUUCAGAAAGCUGAAGACUUUGAUGGGUAGGCUGUAAAUUUCAGAGGGUGUUUAGGGUUUAGGUUUAAGCUUUUCUAGGGUUUUGGGUUUGUUCUUGUUUAGCUGGGAAAAAAAAUGGAGGAGAAAGACAGCUUGAUGGUUUCUGGAGUUGUAGUGAGCAAUGACCCAUCUCAAGAUAUUUACAGGAUUGCCCCCAGGACUGAAAUCCACCCCCAAUCUGUGGGUCCUACAAUGGCGGCGGCGGCGGCAGCUACGGCGUCGCCGAUGAGCUCAGGCUUGACGGCCGGCACGGAUUCUCUAAAGAAAAAGAGGGGCCGGCCGAGGAAGUACGGGGCCGACAAGGGCUCGCCGGCGUCGGCGUUGUCGCCGAUGCCGAUUUCGUCGUCGGUGCCGCUCACCGGAGAGUUCUCGGCUUGGAAAAGGGGCCGGGGCCGGCCCGUUGACUCGGUCAAGAAGGCUUCGCAUAAGUAUGACGUGUUUGAGAGCUCAGGCGAGAAACUUGCAUACUCUGUUGGUGCUAAUUUUACACCUCAUAUCCUUACUGUCAAUACUGGCGAGGAUGUUACUAUGAAGAUCAUGACAUUCUCUCAACAAGGAUCUCGUGCGAUUUGCAUACUUUCUGCAAAUGGUACCAUUUCAAAUGUCACCCUUCGACAGCCCAGUACUUCUGGAGGUACCUUAACUUAUGAGGGCCGAUUUGAGAUACUUUCAUUGUCUGGAUCAUAUAUGCCAACUGAGAAUGCAGGAACAAAGAGCAGGUCAGGUGGCAUGAGCGUGUCUUUGGCAGGUCCAGACGGUAGAGUUGUUGGGGGAGGACUGGCUGGGCUAUUGAUAGCUGCAGGACCUGUGCAGGUUGUGGUAGGAAGUUUUCUACCAGGUCACCAGCAGGAACACAAGCCCAAGAAGCAGAGAAUCGAAUCAGGAUCGUCACCAAUUGUCCCCAUCAUUGUCAACUCUGUGACUGGUGAAGAAAUAAAGGGUUACAGUGGAUUAAAACCCAUCAUGAUGACUACUUCCUUCCACGGAGACAAUUCAAAUUCGCUAAGCCACCCAAUGCAUCAGAACUUUAAGAAUUCAACUCCUGAGAAUAACUCAUUGGUAGCAGAAGAAGACUCCAAAGGCUCUGGCCAAUCGAACUGUGAAGUUUCUUGUUGAUCAUGAUUUCCGCGGUCUCCUUGUGUGAUUUGUUGUCCUGAAUAGUUUUCUUCAGACUUGGUAACAUCUAGGCUCACUCAACCUCUGUCUGACGUCUAUUCGUGAAGGACAAACUAGGCUUAACCUCUUGUUGUUGUUUUAACCAGGAACAUUCUCAGUAGGUAUUAUUUUAGUCUCUUGAUCAUGAGGCUUAUUAUGUGGCUGGUUUCGUAUUCUAGUAUUUCUAGUCUUGUACUCUGUAGCAAUUCUUAGAUGUAUGAUGUAUCAAACAUGUUUAGUCAUUUGUAUCAUCACAUCGAGUUCAUGGUU